AAAUGUGCAAGUAUUCGACUCAGUGGGCGCUUAUCUUGUCUUGCACUAUUAAGUAAAAGGUGGCACACUUCAACAAAAUGACGACAGCUCUAAAGACGAUCAUAGCCAUCUCUUCUAUUUCUGUGGUCCUCGGGGCUGGACCCGGCGGAGGGACGGGGGGACUGAGCUUUACCGACAUAGCCCGCCUUGUGGCCGCCAAUGUGGACCAAGACCAUGACGGUAACUUGACCCUGACGGAGAUCUACAACUCCCUGAUCACAAGGUUUGAUCACGACGGGGAUGGUUGCGCAGAAAGGCAAGAGUUUGUCAAGCAAUGGAGUCACGAUUACCAUGACAACCCACACGUUUCCGGAAUUUUCUUUGACCAUCUAGAUUUAGACCAAGACGGUUGCCUCACACAGACAGACAUAGACUUUAAUUUUAGAGCAAUGGACGCUCAUGGAGAUCACAGCGUUACAGAGGCAGAGUUUGCUUCUUUUCUCUCGGCGGUACACCCGUCGUCCACAGGUGGGUCGUCGCUGGUCGGGUAGUUCCUAACAUAAGACCGCCAUGUUAGGGACGAUGUUGUCAUUUUACUCUUUCUAAUAAAUCAUAAAAAAAUUAAA